CGUCUAUUUCAAAAUCCGAAAAUAUAAACCACUUUUAACAAACAAAAUUCUACUUAUGAAUAACAAAAUUAUCGAGGCAAAAUUUUCGAUCCCGAAUAAACUGGUUUACUGAUGAUCUAUGGUUGCCUCUGCUUCCCCUCUUGACUGCUCAACACACAUCUGGGCCAGUCACUGACUGAUCAACACACUAAGUUCUUGGCCUCUUGGCCGGUCACUGACUGUUCAACACACUUCUGGGCCUCUUGGCCGGUCACUGACUGUUCAACUCACUUCUUGGCCGGUCACCACAGGGAUGUCUGUGACCACUCACCAGACCCUUGACACGGAGUACAAUGCAGAUUGUGUGGAGUGGUGUCCCCUGUCUGGAUACCAGGACAUUCUGCUGUGUGGCACAUACCAGCUGCAACAACAGGAGUCAACAGAAUCAGCAGGAGAACAGACUCGUGUUGGUUGCUUGUACAUGUACAGCCUGGAUACCCAGUCUGGUGUUCCCACCCUGCAGCAGUGUACUCGUCUGGACAUGCCUGGAGUGCUGGACAUCAAGUGGUCAUGUGAACCAGUCCAAGGCCACCCGACCUUUGCCCUUGUGAACUCUAUUGGUGAACUACAACUCUAUAAGUUGGGGUCAAAUAAGGCAGUCUCUAUAGAAACCAAGGCUGAACUUUCACCUCACAGCUUGGGACUGUCAUUGGAAUGGAACAAUUUGACUGGACACAGUGAAGAUUUGCAGAUUGUGAGUUCCGACUCAUCUGGUCAUGUACAUGUCCAUCAAUUGGGAGGAGCCAGCCUUGAUACCAUUGACACUUGGAAGGCACAUGAUUAUGAAGCCUGGAUUUCUGCCUUCAACCAGGCUAACACCCAGCUUGUGUUCACAGGGGGAGAUGACUGCAGGUUGAAGGGUUGGGACCUUAGAGCCGGUACUGCCAGUCCAGUGUUCAACAGCAAGAGACAUACAAUGGGAGUCUGCAGCAUUCAAAGUAACCCAAUAGAACCACACAUGUUAGCCACUGGGAGUUAUGACGAGCACCUGUUGGUGUGGGAUACCCGCCAGAUGAAGUCACCAACACAGGAGGUGGAUCUGGGGGGAGGGGUUUGGCGGGUCAAGUGGGAGCCUAACACUGCCAGGUACAUCCUCACCGCCACCAUGUACAACGGCUUCCACGUUUUAGACAUGACUGGUGAGAGCUGUUCAAUAGCCAGUCACUACUCUGAACACCAGUCUAUAGGGUAUGGGGCAGACUGGUGUAGGCUGCCUAGCAAAAUGAUGGAUUUCCAUGGUAAGCAGUUCACAGCCAGUGCCAGUACAGAGGAGUUACAGUUAGAAUGUUCAAAUACAAGAGUUAAAAGAGAACAUUGUCAAAAUGUUAUAUCAACAUGCUCCUUUUAUGAUCACUUGUUGAAAUUGUGGACAUUUUCUGAUUGCACAGAAAAUACAGAGUAAAGAGAUGUUUGUAUGCUUUUUCAUAAUUGAAGAAAUACAUGCUGUAUCUUGGUUAUCUUAAGUGUAAUAAACUGGGUAGUGGUAAAGUUA